UUCCCUCUCCCUAUGGCCCUCUGUUUCAAAACUCUAGAAAGAAACAGAAAGAUAUUGUUGCCAUAUAAGAAAAUCAAUCUAAAGCAAGAAACAAUACACCAAAGAGGAAAGAUUGUCAUUAUAACAGAGUGUAGCCCAGCUUGUAUUACGCAAAAAGACCUAAAACCUAGGUGGAGUUUUUCUUUUUCUGUGGAUAUUAUAUAAUGAGUUCUACAGGUUGUGACUUGUGGGUGGGAAGGAAGGUUUAUUUGCAUUUGAGUCAAUUCGACUUGGUUUGCAUAUCCUGUAGCUUACCUGUAUUUAUGGGGAAUGUCUCAUGUUUCAGCCGUUUCACUGCUAAUUGUUUUCAUCAGGUUCUGCAAGAACAGUUGACCUUUAUAGAGGAUGAGGAAUCCCUACAAUGCAUGAAGCCACCUACACAAAGUAUACAAUGGUCAAGUAUGCAACAUUCACUAAGUUUCAUAUAAUCCUUAUAAACGUCGAAAAUUCAAUACAUAACUACUGGCUCCUACUGUUGGUUCGAGAAUGGGCACAAUUUUGUUUUUGUAUACUCUCUUAAAAUGGGUGGACCUUCAGGUCAAAAGAUUUGACACCACGCUUCUCUGUUAUGCCUGUAAUAAAGUCUAUCGGAGAGAGAAUGAUACCUCCUAUCAAUAACAUUGAAAUGGAUGCAGCUACUUUUAGAGACUUCGGUAGUCAUGGAUGGCAUAUAGAAGUGUUACAGAAAGGAGAUAAGAACAAGAAAACAAUGCAACAAACUCAACAUUUUUCAAGUGGAAGCAGCCAUGUGGAUAAUGCUCCCAAAAUCUUAGAGAUGGAAGAUCGUGAAGAAAGAUGCCAAUAACCAUCCUGGAGGGGGUGGGUGGGGUGUGGUGGGGUGAGUGCGUACCCUAAUGCCACGGAGAGUGGAGAGAAGUCUUAGAUUGUGAUAAUCUAAGCGUAAUCUAAAGGCUUUGCUCUUUUGUCCUUUUAUGGAAGGGUUUUGAAGCCAGAUUCUGAGCGUGAGAAAGAAGUGAACUUGGUCCAUCUGAUCAGACUCAUUCUUCAAGGUCCAGGGAGCACUCUGAUAAUUUUUUGGGCUUAAUUAAAUUACAAAGCUUUUAGAAGGAAAGAAAAUCAACUAUAAUGCAGCGUGGUACAUGUAAUUCUUAUUUACCCACUGGAAACUACGUGAACGGUGGAAGCCUAGGUCGACCCGAUUUGAGGAAUACCAAUGCUCCUCUCUUGCUGAUCAUGCAUGAUCCCACUUUCUCUGUACCGUGGCAGCAGUUUCCAUUGAAUUGGACUUAUAGUUCAAUCUAUUUUCAGGUUCCAUUUAUGUAUCCUGUAAAUGAAACAAUUGGGUAUGAGGUAAUUCCCCAUCAACAUAGCCUGCCUUUUGUACCUACUUAUCAGUUUCCACAUGCUAGUCAAACAAUUGGGUAUGAGGUAAUUUCCCAUCAACGUAGCCUGCCGUUUGUACCUACUUAUCAGUUUCCACAUGUUAGUCAAACAUGCCAUGCUUCCAUUAUUCCAAGAAAUCCUUUUUCCUACUGGACUCCAGCAGGAUUUCUAACAAAUACAUUGGCUCCUGUCUUACCGACCAUGCAUGCUUCCAGUUUCACUGUAUCCUGGCCGCAGUUUCUAUGGAAUUGGACUUAUAGUUCAAUCUAUUUGCAGGCUCCGUUUAUGUAUCCUGUGAAUGAAACAAUUGUGUAUGAGGUAAUUCCCCAUCAACAUAGCCUGCUGUUUGUACCUACUUAUCAGUUUCCACAUAUUAGUCUUGUUCCUGGAGCUGAGAGAAUAGUUACAAGAGAGAAUAUGGUAAACACCAAUUUUGCAGUUCAACAAGCCAACUUCCCUAUGAAUCACCCCCCAAGAUUCGCGGGAGUGAACCAUGGACCUGGUCUUUCACCACUGCAUCCUUAUAAUUCUCAUAUGGCACAAAAUGCUAUACCUCCGGCUUUAUAUGGUGACGUGGACAACAUGACCUAUGAGGGUUUGUUGGCCUUGCAAGCCCACAUUGGACAUGUCAGUCGAGGAUUGAGUGAGCAAGUCAUUGUUGCACGAAUGAAGUGCAUCAAGUAUGAGUCGACUGAAAGAUUGGUAAAUGACAUUGACACAUGUUGUAUUUGUUUGGAAGAUUUUUCUGAUGGACAGCUCAUUGGAAGCGUUGACUGUCGCCAUAGCUUCCACUUUGAUUGCAUCCGUCGAUGGCUCAUGGAGGACAAGAACAUUUGCCCUCUCUGUAAUGGAAUUGCAUUGACAAUUUGAACACUACAAUUAAAAUUUUACGCUUUGCUCAUCCAUAAAAUUAUUUCUCGGCGUGCAAAAUUUUUAGUUGGAAUGUAGUGAUAAUCUUUUUAAAAUUAAUUUGUAUAUUACAGAAGAGAUAUUUGCCAUAUUCCGACUUCAUAAUGUCUAAUAUUUUACUUGUAUGUACAUUUAAUUUUUGUAUAUA